GCCUGCCGCAACCCGCGCAGUCCCGCCUCCCGCCGCCGGCUGCCGCCCGCGUGGCCCCGCCUCCCGCCGUCGGCCGCCUGCUUCUGGGCGCCUGGGGCCCUGGGCGAGCACGCGCCUCCCGUGUCCCGCCGGCGCCGUGCUCGGGCACGCGGCCGCGGCAAGCCGGAAAACCCGAUGCGCCGGCGCCUCCCGCCGUCCCGCGCACCUGCACGGCCGUCGCCAGCAGCCCCAACCAUCACUGACAGUACUGCUCACUGGUGUCUGGUGAGUACUUUCUUUUUCCAGAAACACGAAGCGAUUGUGAUUUCAUUUUCAUCUUAAUCUUGUUGCGACACAGAAACCUGAAUGAAUGGUAAGAUAUUCUUGAUCCUUAAAUUGGCAUUGAUGGAAAGAGUAUUUUCUACCCGGGGCAACUGUAACUGUGGAAAGAGUAUUUUCUGGAUUGAAUCUAGUGAAAGAAUCAAACAAGAAAUCGCAUGUGUGAUGAGUUAUUGAAUGAUUGUUUGGUCACUUUUCUUGAGCGUGAAAUUUUCUCUAAUAUAAGUGAGGAUGACAUAAUUCACACUGGCCAUGAAGAAGCGUAAGUAAAGCCACAGCAUUAGACUAUUAGUAUUGCAAUCUUCUAUUUAUGUAAUUUUUUAUUGAUAUUGCAACUAUUUAUAUUGUAAAUUAUUGGAGUUCUGAACUAAUUUGUUGAAUUGAAUGUAUUGAGACCUUUUUACUUAUGUUAUUGUAAAUUUGAUCAUUAUAUUGUUGACGAAGUGAUAUUAGAGUAUACCAGUUUGCGCUUUGAAAUUUUUUGCCAGGACUACCCUAGUUUCAAUUCCUGAGUCCGCCACUGUCAUUGAUGGCCCGCGCGGCAAGGAGUCGCGCCGUGGCCACGCUGCUCUCGCCGCCGCCGAGUGUCUCCUCUCCCUCCGCCGCCGGGCUCUUGCCAUGGGCCCGUGAUCUCGUUGGAAGGGCGACGGAAGCAGACUUGUCUAGGACGCCCCGGGAGCGCACACGGGGCUCUAUUCUGGCCUGCCUGGUCAAAGCUCGUGGCUUCCGCGACGCGCGCGGGGCAUUCGACGGAACGCCUAAGAGGAGCCUGCCGGCGUGGGCGACGGUCAUCUCCGGAUGCGCGCGCGUUGGGAGGCACGCAGACGGCAUGCGUGCGUUCGUGGAGAUGCUGGGCGGAGGCGGCGUGCCCGCGCCCAACGCCUUUGUCCUCGCGGGCGUCCUCCGGUGCUGCGCGGGGCUCGGCGACGUGGAGUCCGGCAGGCGCGUGCACGGGUGGAUACUGCGGAGCGGCGUGCGCCAGGACGUGGUGCUCUGCAAUGCGGUCCUCGACAUGUACACCAAGUGCGGCCACCACGACCGCGCCAGGCGGGCGUUUGGGGCGAUGGUGGAGAAGGACGCAGUCUCCUGGAACAUCGUGCUCAGCGCGUGUCUCCAGAGCGGGGACGUUCUGGGGGCCAUGCGUCUGUUCGAUCAGUCACCAUUGCGAGACAUUUCGAGCUGGAAUACGAUCAUCAGCGGCCUUAUGCGGAAUGGGUGCGCCGCUGAGGCAGUGGAUCGUCUGCAGCAAAUGGUGCGAGCUGGGGUUGUGUUCAAUCACUAUACUUACUCCACGGCGUUUGCCUUGGCCGGCAUGCUGUCGUUGUUGGACCUAGGCCGGCAGCUCCAUGGUCAUGCGGUGAUGUCUGCUUUGGAGGAUGACGCAUUUGUCUGCUGCUCUCUCAUGGACAUGUACUGCAAGUGCGGUGAAAUGGAGGCUGCUCUGUCAAUCUUUGAUCGCUGGUCACGGUUCACAGGAGACAUGAAAUUUGCAUGGAGCACGAUGGUUGCUGGGUAUGUCCAGAAUGGCAGAGAGGAGGAAGCUCUCGAGUUCUUCCGCAUGAUGCUGCGUGAAGGAGUUCCUGCGGAGCCGUUCAUUCUCACCAGCGUAGCUGCAGCGUGUGCACAUGCGGGAAUGGUUGAGCAAGGCCGGCAAGUGCAUGGAUUUGUUGAGAAGAUGGGCCACAGAUUUGACGCGCCAUUGGCAUCUGCCAUAAUUGACAUGUAUUCAAAGUGUGGUAGCCUUGAAGAUGCUUGCAGGAUGUUCGACAGGGCUCGGGCCAUGAAUGUUGCUCUAUGGACUACAAUGUUGUGCUCCUAUGCAUCGUAUGGGCAAGGAAGAGAGGCUAUAGAGAUCUUCAACAGAAUGAGAGCGGAAAAGAUUACACCGAAUGAGAUAACCCUUGUCGCUGUUCUAUCAGCUUGUAGCCAUAGCGGAUUAGUCAGUGAAGGAGAUCACUAUUUCAAGCUUAUGCAAGAAGAGUAUGGAAUUGUUCCAAGCAUUGAGCACUACAAUUGCAUGGUUGAUCUUUAUGGUCGAGCUGGACUACUUGACAAGGCAAAGAACUUCAUCGAGGAAAACAACAUCAGCAAUGAAGCUAUUGUUUGGAAGACAUUGCUGUCAGCCUGUCGACUUCACAAGCACAUGGAGUACGCAAAAUUGGCUACUGAAAAGUUGGUUCAACUAAGACAAUGUGACGACGGAUCAUAUGUUCUAAUGUCUAACAUAUAUGCCACCAAUAGCAAAUGGCUUGACGCUUUGAAGCUCAGAAGUUCAAUGCAAAAAAGGAAAGUCGGGAAGCAGCCAGGCCAAUCUUGGAUCCAUCUGAAGAAUGCUGUGCAUACAUUUAUUGCAGGGGACAUGGCACACACGAGAUCAGCUGAAAUUUAUGCUUACUUGGAGAAACUGAUGGAGAGGCUGAAGGAAAUGGGGUACACAAGUAGAACUGAUCUUGUGGUACAUGAUGUUGAGGAGGAACAGAGAGAAACAACUCUGAAGUUCCACAGUGAGAGGCUUGCCAUUGCAUUUGGGAUCAUCAGCACCCCGAUUGGGAUGCCACUUCGGAUCUUCAAGAAUCUGCGUGUUUGCGAGGACUGCCAUGAGGCAAUCAAGUAUAUAAGCCGAGCUGUGGAUCGCGAGAUAGUUGUUCGAGACUUGUAUCGGUUUCAUCAUUUCAAGUCUGGUAGUUGCUCUUGUGAAGAUUUCUGGUGAAGGUUUUGCUCUAAUUAUUUAUGGUGACAAAUUUUAGGCUGUACUUUAUCUACACUUGUGCAACUCGUAGAGAUAGCAAUUGACAAAAAGAGCAAGGUUGUGCAUGCCUUUAAGACAUCUCUUGAGUCAUGAUAUCGACAUCUUCAGCUAGCUUGAUGUAAGAUUUUGCUGAGAGCUUUGGUGCACCAUCAUUCGCCGAAGGGGCAGGUCUGUAUUGUUUCCAUUUGAGUUCUCCUCGCUUUAUGGUGGAUCACUUGCUUAACUGGCUUGAUUUCCAUUUCAAUACUUGCAUGUUUUGUUUCCUUUUGUUAUGUCCAGCUGUGUCCACUUUACAUGUUGAGUUUUCCUUGCACCAAGCUAUUUGCCAUGGACCCAGAUGACUCAGUUGCUAGCUACAGCUACAGGGCGUGUCUAGCUGUCUUCUCAAGCCAUUAUUAUACUGUCAGCAUGCCUCUGGUCACCUUUUGUGGAGCUAUAGAGUAUGUCUUGCUGCCACUCAUUUAGAUUUGAAAUCUUGCAACCAGAAAGAGCUUGAGAGACAGAGGGCAUAAACUUAAAGAGGAUCAGAGGAUGUGAUCACGACAAGGCUGCUCAGGUAACAAAGCUGUUGACAAGAUUGAGGUUGCACAGUUUGGAUGACGGGCUUAGAUUUUGUGGAUCGAAUAGCGCAAUGGCUUUUUGCUUUCAUUUUCAGCCAUCUGAAAAGGAAACUGGUUUGCUUCUGGAAACACUGAGCUGGGAGAUGCUCAACAACUAAAGGAGAACCUCGUACCAUCUGGGGGA